CGAAGCCAUUUCCGCUAACAACAAAGCAGCCACACCGAAUUAAUUUGAAGUGUUUUGUGGUUGUUGUUUUUUUUUUUUUAGCUUUAGCAAGAUCUCAACGGAUUGUAAGACCGUGGAUUAAUCAGAAGACCCACACUUAAGCACUUUACAGCUGACACAAUGGGCAACUAACAGCCUGUUGCACUGAACGUUAUUAAUCAAAACGCCUGAUGUUAGCUUACAAGCUAACGCAGCGGUUGGCUUAGCAGAUCGGCUGACAUUAGCUUGCUGUUAGCAGUUAUAAACAUGUCCUGAGACCGAGUUGCACUCAGGGCAAAAGUUAUUACCAUCUAUAGACGCGUCCGUUUCAAGACCAGACACCUUUUUGAUCAGAUCUGCAAAAAUGAAGAUGUUUUCAGUGGCACAUAAGACCGUCUUCGUGGUGGAUCACUGUCCUUACAUGGCAGAGUCCAGCCGGCAGCAGGUUGAGUGUGACGUGCUGACCAAGAGCCGAGCUCAAGUUAUUCCUCUGGCCCCUGUGUCCAAGUCCCUGUGGACCUGUGCUGUGGAGUGCUCCAUGGAGUACUGCAGAAUCCUGUUUGAUGUUUACCCAAAGGACAAGCUGGUGAAUUAUAUCGUGAGCGAUUCAGAGUUCCACAUUUUAAACACCUGGAGGCGAGAAGAUCAGAGCACUCAUGAACUGAUGUCAGCUCUGGCAGCUGUCGGGCCACCAAAUCCACGCGAGGACCCAGAAUGUUGCAGCAUCUUGCAUGGCCUGGUCGCCGCCGUGGAGGCUUUGUGCAAGAUCACAGAGUUGCAACACGAGAAGCGCACUGCUUUAAUGGACACAGCCGAGAGGGUGGCCAACAGAGGUCGGAUUAUCUGCUUAACCAAUGCUAAAAGUAAUACCAACGUUAGGAUGUUGGAGGACUGCAUCCAGGAGACCAUUUCAGAGCAAAACAAACUGGCAGCGGGUUCUGACAGGUUGAUGGCCAUCCAGCAGUGUGAGCUGGUUCUAGUUCACAUCUACCCCCAGGGGGAAGACACUCUGGUGUCAGACCGGCCCAAGAAAGAGAUCUCCCCACUGCUCACUAGUGAGGUUCACAGCGUGCGCGCUGGGAGACACCUGGCUUCUAAACUCAACAUUUUGGUCCAGCAGCACUUUGACCUGGCCUCCACCACUAUAACAAAUAUCCCCAUGAAGCCCACAUUAAAUGUUUGCGAACAGGAAGAGCAGCACGCCAACACAUCUGCUAAUUAUGACGUGGAGCUCCUGCAUCACAGAGACGCUCACAUGGAGUUCUUUAAAAGCGGUGACUUGCAUAUGGCAGGUACGAGUACUCGUGAAAAUGGCGUUAAAGAGACGAUGACGCUGAAAUGGUGCACCCCACGCACAAACAGCAUUGAACUGCACUACUGCACAGGAGCCUACCGCAUCUCCCCUACUGACGUUAACAGUCGUCCGUCGUCAUGUCUGACAAAUUUUCUCCUCAACGGGAGAUCAGUGUUACUGGAGCAGCCAAGAAAGUCUGGGUCUAAGGUCAUCAGCCACAUGCUCAGCAGCCACGGAGGGGAAAUCUUCCUGCAUGUUCUCAACAGCAACCGCUCCACCUUGGAGGACCCGCCCUCCAUCAGCGAGGGCUGCGGAGGACGAGUGACGGACUACAGAAUCACUGAUUUUGGUGAAUUUAUGAGGGACAACCGGCUCACUCCUGUCGCAGAAUCUUCUCAUGAUCCUUCAGGGAAGCUGCCAGUAGAAAGGGCCAAAGCUCAGCUGGAACGCUACACCAGAUACUGGCCAAUGAUCAUCUCCCAGACCACCAUCUUUAACAUGCAGGCAGUGGUCCCUCUGGCUAAUCUGAUAGUGAAAGAGGUUCUUACUGAGGAGGAUGUUCUCACCUGCCAGAAAACCAUCUAUAACCUGGUCGACAUGGAGAGGAAAAACGACCCCCUCCCCAUUUCUACUGUUGGAUCCAGAGGCAAAGGCCCCAAAAGGGACGAGCAGUACCGCAUUAUGUGGAACGAGCUGGAAACUCUGGUGAAGACUCACGCCGGCGCAACCGACAGACACCAACGGGUUCUGGACUGCAUCGUCGCCUGCCGGAGCAAACCUCCCGAGGAGGAGGAGAGGAAGAAGAGGGGGAGGAAGAGGGAAGAGAGGGAGGACCGGACAGAGAAAAACGGCAGCAAAGAGACGGAAGAUAAAAGCUGGCAAGAAUCUGAGAGACUAAAGGGUUUGCUGGAGAAGGAUGAACAAGAAUCGGAAGUGAUCAAAGAUUCCCCGGACUCUCCAGAGCCACUCAACAAGAAGCCUCGCCUGAUCCCGGAGGACAUUCAUCCUCCAGAGAGAGCAAAAGGGCCUGCCACACUCCUCAGCAUGUGGACCAAUCGGAUCACUGUGGCAAACUCUAGGAAGCACCAGGAGUUUUUUGGAAGAGCAAGUUCAGUGAACAGCAAGUUCGAGCUCUACCAGAACCUCAAAGAGGAGAACGGGAUGGAUGCCCAUGAGAAUGGAAAAGCUUCAAGAUGAUCUCGCAACUGCUCAUCAAUUUAUCCUUCAAAGACAUGAACAUUCUCCAAAGUAGACAUUAAAUGCAUUGAUCAGUGAAUUGUAACAGCAAAAUUUCUAAUUUUUUUACCCAUCAUUUUGUAGAUAUCUUUACAUAUUGUAUUACUCCAUAAAAAUUGUCCAGAAAAUAAAAGUUUCUGCUUUUUACUGUUUGAAAAAC